UUGACACUCACCUCCAUAUCCCCACAAUGGCUGAUGAAAACCUAUCCCUGGUUCUUUAUGGCAAACAAGAUCUGCGACUGGAGGAUCGCCCGAAACCUGAACCAGGAUACGGAGAAGUGCAAAUCUGCAUCCACGAUGUGGGUAUAUGUGGUUCUGAUGUCAGCUACUGGCAGAACGGUUGUAUUGGCGACAUGGUGGUAAGGACACCAAUGGUCAUGGGACACGAACCCAGCGGAGUAGUUUCGAAAGUCGGGGAGGGCGUGGAAACUCUCAAAGUUGGUGACCGGGUGGCCAUAGAGCCGGGUGUCCCGUGUCGCACGUGUGGGCUGUGUAAGACAGGCCGCUACAACCUGUGCGGGAUGAUGAAGUACUGUGCCACACCACCCGACCACGGUACACUCUCCAGGUAUUUCGUCCAUGCUGCAGAUUUCUGCUUCAAACUUCCAGACAACGUGAGCAUGGAGGAGGGAGCCAUGUUGCAGCCUCUGGCUGUUGCUGUCCACGCCUGUAACCGUGUCAACGUCUACCUGGGAGCCACAGUGCUCGUGUGUGGAGCAGGGCCUGUUGGUCUUAUCUGCAUGUUGACGGCACGAGCACGAGGAGCAGCAAAGAUAAUAAUAACAGAUAUCAAUGAAGACAGACUGAAAUAUGCAAAGAGGGUGGGCGCUGACCACAUUGUUCUGGCGGGAGACCCACAACAAACAGCACGUACCAUCCAGGAUUCACUUGGAGGUGCUGCUGAUGUUACCAUCGAGUGCAGUGGCGCGCCGUCAAGCGUCACCACAGCCAUAUAUGCCACGGCAACAGGAGGAAGGAUUGUUCUUGUUGGACUGGGCCCAGCAGAGCUACAGCUGCCACUGAUCAGCGCCCAGUGUAGAGAGGUCGACAUCCUGGGAAUGAUAAGGUUUGCCAAUACGUACCCUGCAGCUCUGGCCAUGGUGGCCGGUGGUCAGGUGGACGUGAAGCAGCUUAUCACUCACCGAUACAGGCUGGAGGAAGCGCUUGACGCCUACGAAGCAGCGAGACUCAGAGAGGGAGUUAAGAUCAUCAUCAACUGUCAGAGAAAGUGACACUGCGUCAAUCUGCGUUUCACACCAGGAAAGGUUCCCAUGGUGGACAGAGGCAUUAUACACUGAAAGGCAAAAGAAACGUCAUGUGGAUGUAUCAUACAAAUAUCUUUAUUUUCAAAUGCUUAUAUAUGUGAGUAAAGACAUCGGAGAAAGUCAGUGUUUGGCCCACAUGAAAUUAACAGUCUGGGGAAUGAUUUUGCGAAUUGUGAAUUUGGGGAGGCACCAGAAGACAUCACAGCUUGGGGGUUCAAAAUCAGUACCUGGUGUGGCCACCACGGGCGUUGACCACAGCCACACAUCUCCUGUAAAUGGAGUGGACUAGCCUGUUGAUGAAGGCCAUUGGGAUAUAGGCCCAUAUCCUCAGGAACGCUACACGCAGUUCUGCUGCAGUUGUCGGCCUUGGGGGUACGUCGUUGAGUCGGCGUUGGAUCAAUGUGAUCAGUGUUCAAUGGGAUUCAAAUCCGGACUGAGGGCAGGCCAAGGCAUGGUUUGGAUGUUGUGCUGCUGGAGGAAGUCCCUGGUGACUGGCAGUGUGGAGACGGGCGUUGUCUUGCUGAAAGGUGUGGUUUUGAUGACGGGCAAAAAAAGGCACGAUAUGGGGUCUGAGGACUUGGUCAAUGUAGCGGAGAGCUGUGAUGCCAUUACCUCUGCCUGGACCAAUAUUCUGAAAGACCACAGGUCCCACUCUUUGGUUCAGUCCUAUUCCACCCAAAACCAUGAUGCUUGGGCCGCCCCACGGGUCUCGUUCCAUAAGACUAGCAUCAGCAUAACGUUCGCCCCUCCUUCGCAAGACCCUGACUCUGCCAUCCACCGUUGAAACACAGUAGCGACUUUCAUCAGUGAAGAUGAUUCUUCUCCAUUGCUGUUGACGCCAAUUUUGAUGCUGCCUGGUCCUUUGCAGUCGGGCCUGUCGGUGACGAUCUCUCAGGAUGGGUACACGAGCAGGACGGUGGUACGAGAUGCUGUUGGCAGUUAGGCGACGUCGGACUGUACGAUCACUGAUGGCACGCUGGUGGUUGCCAAUGGUUUGCCGAACUGUUUCAGUGGCCAUUCGGAAUCAGUUCUGCAGAUGUUGGCGUAUCAUGAACCAAUCUUGUCUGGGAGAAGUGACUCUGGGACGACCACUAUGCGGUCAGUCGUCGGUGGUGUUGGUGGUGUUGUGGCGAUGUUGCAGACGAUAUAUUGUUCUGACAUUGACAUUGAAUGCAUUUGCAACGACCUUUGCACUCUGGCCUGCUUGCAGUCUUCCGAUAGCUUGUUGUCUCUCAUUUGGGUGUCUUUUAUACCCAUACAAUCCACGAUAUGCACGUGCAUCAUGUUUUUGACAAGACUUUUCCGCAACUAAGUCCCAUUGCACUUGUGUAGGCUGCGUUUGGGCAAAGCACUCCAUUUUAAACUCAAUUGUUAAAUGGACUUUAAGGCAACAAAAAGAAGCAGCAGAAUGAUAAAUGAGUUUGUUGACCACAGAACAUGUAACUGCCAGUGUCUGUUAAGUUUUAUCAGUGUUUUCAGAAGUGACGUUUCUUUUGCCUUUCAGUGUAUGUAACCAGUUUUAUUAUACCAGUAUUACUAGAGCAGUAUAUUACACUACUUUACACUGUGAAACUGAAUCACGUAAACUGCAUAUACCAUAUAUUAUAAUGGAAAAUUACCGUUAGAAAAUAGUCAAACUGCCACCAGUUUUUCACCCAAAUUAUACGAUGGUUUGUGAGAUAAGCUUUGUGUCUUGCAAUAUUUUACUUCAAGUAGCCAGGAAUCGGACAUCAAUAUCACAGUAUUCAGAGAUGCUAACUCGUAUAUUUGAGAAAUUUCCUAAUUCUAAUUAAACUUGACUAUUGGAGUAUGAAUGAUGUAUAGGUACGAUGUGUUAAGCACAAUGUUUUAAGGUCCGUCAAAGACAGCUGCAUUUUGUAUAUAUUGAUGUAUGUUACUAUUCGAUGUUAAAUAAAUAUCGAGUUUGAUUUUUCUGGCAA